AUGUCUCUGGACCAGCACUAUGAGGAGAAAGUGCGUCCCUGUAUUGACCUCAUCGAUACUCUGCGCUCACUGGGGGUAGAGGAAGACCUGGCUCUGCCUGCCAUCGCUGUGAUCGGGGACCAGAGCUCUGGGAAGGGCUCCGUACUGGAGGCCCUGUCUGGGGUGGCACUGCCCAGGGGGAGCGGAAUUGUGACCCGCUGCCCUCUGAUUCUGAAACUGAAGAAGGUGAAGAGGGACCAACCUUGGGCAGGAGUGCUAACCUAUAAAGUUAACAACAAAGCUUGCAAAAGUACCCUCAAGACUCCAGAAGAAGUUGGACGGGUAGUCGCAGAUGUUCAGGUGCUUGUCGCAGGGAAGGGAGAAGGGAUCAGCAAUGAAAUGAUCGCCCUGGAGAUCAAGUCCGCAGAUGUCCCUGAUCUGACUCUCAUUGACCUUCCUGGGAUUGCACGGGUCGCUGUUGGUAAUCAACCGAAAGAUAUUGGCAAUCAGGUGAGAGGAGAGAUAGGGAUUGAGGCGGUGAAACUCGUGAUGGACAUGAUCCUCAAGGGAGACGGAGAAGAUGAGGAUGACGUCCAGGUAGAUGAAGACAAACUUGGAAAUAAUGUCUCUCAGGACGUCAUUGAUCAGGAUUUGGAAGACAGCUGGAGCGUUAGUGAGGCCAAAAGGCAUGACCAGCUUAUGGAUAAUCAGAAGGCCACCAUCCCUUACCUGGCAGAAAGGCUCACCAAGGAGCUUGUUGAGCACAUAGCUAAAUCCCUCCCAAAACUGGAGGAACAGAUUGAUAAGAAGCUGGAGCAAACAAAUGGAGAGCUGAAGAACCUGGGAGAUGGGGUGCCUCAGGAUCAGGGGCAGAUGACUAACUUCCUGAUUGAGAAAAUUACCAAGUUCAACAGUCUUCUCCUUGAAGUGGCCCGGGCAGAGGAAGUUGUGGAAGAGGGUAACACCAGGGUGUUUACCAAAAUCCGAUCCGAAUUCAGCAAGUGGAAAGCACAGCUUGACAAGAAAGCCAACAAACUCAACCAGAGGAUUGAGGAGCAGGUGCAUGAGUAUGAGGUUAAGCACCGUGGUAGGGAGCUUCCUGGCUUCAUCAACUACAAGACCUUUGAGAUUCUGGUGAAGGACCAUCUCAAAAAGCUGGAGGAGCCUGUUGUGAAGAAAUUGAAGGGGGUCACAGCAUGUUCAAAGAGAAGGGGUGGGGUAAACAAUGUUGUCUACACCCAGGACAGCACCUACAGCCACAACCUGGAUGACAUAAGGAUGAAGGAGCAGGACGAGCAACAUGUGGCAGUUGCAGGAAGCGCAUUCCCAACAGUGCCAGAACAUAAAACCAGAAGCCUUGUCUACAGCACAGACAGCAAUGCCACUCUUCAGGAAAUGAUGGUCCACCUCAAAUCAUACUAUCAUGUAGCUGACCAAGUCCCGCCGGUCAUCCGCUACCUGAUGCUGCAGGAGUCGGCUGCGCAGCUACAGCGGGAGAUGCUGCAGAUGCUGCAGGACAAGGAGAACGCAGAGCUGCUGCUGAAGGAGGACUACUACAUCGGGAGCAAGAGGGCUGCUCUACAGAGCCGGCUGAAGCGCCUGACGGAGGCGCGCAACUACCUGAUGAAGUUCUAA